AUGCUGGACGAGCUGACCGCCUGGCACGGUAACCCCGACACCCAGUGGAAAGAUGGAGGAACCGUAACUGCAUCUAACGUCCAAUUCUAUCAACCGCUUCUCUCCCGCCAGGUCUUCCACGUUAGGCUGGACAGUAAGGAGGAUGCGGAGAGGAUGAAAGAUAUGGAGCUCUUAGACAACGACAGCAACGACAGCUCGGACUACGGCACUAUAGAGGUUAACCCAUGCGAUAAUAGCAACGUAUAA